AACUGCUCCAGUGUGGGAAUUCAUUGCUUGUAUGCUGAUGGGACAAAGCAGGAAAAUCUGUGUAGUCCAUGUGCUGUGGGAAUCUGCCAACUUGACUCUUCUCUUGCUUUCCACAGACCUGAAAUGAUGAAAUCAAGAAGCUUUUGGUUGUCUCUCGUAUUGCUUGGGGUUUUCCCAUCUGUCACGAGGGGAUGGAUGGACGUGGACAGGAGCAGAAGGCUGUAUUCAGAUGUGGGGAGGUUGCAUCAAGAGGACUCCAGAAGGUUUGAAGUUACAAGAAGAAAAGUGCUUUAUGGGCAGGAUGGCCUCCAUGCAUCAUGUGAGAAGAAGUACUGUGGCCGGGGUAGUAAGUGUGUGGUGAACAAGGACACCAACCAGCCUGAGUGCAGAUGCAUAGAAAAUUGCAAGUCCAGCUACAUGCCUGUGUGUGGAUCUGAUGGCAAAUUCUAUGAGAAUCAUUGCCAGCUGCAUCAAGCCUCCUGCCUGCAGAGGAAAAAAAUCUACAUUAUCCAUAGCAAGGACUGUUUCUUCAAAGGUGAUACCUGUACGAUGGCAGACUACAGCCGGCUCAAAAGCAUCCUCCUGGACCUGCAGGCUCAUCGGCAGAGCUCACCGAGCAGCCUGGCCGAGGACAGGGUAUCCCAGAAGCGCUUCUUAGUUGAAGAUCUUUUUAAGCACUUGGAUCUAAACAGUGAUGGGCAUCUCAGCAGCUCUGAAGUGGCUCAGCUAAUGAAGAAGGAGGACCUGAAAGAUGAUUUAUUGGAAUGCACACUAGAAGACCUUCUCCGCUUUGAUGAUUACAACAACGAUGGUCGCUUAACCCUGCAGGAGCUCUACACAGCCUUCCAGGUGGUUCAGCUGAGCCUGCCUGAGGAGCAGAAGAUCAGUGUUACCACCAUCACCGUUGGCCUCAGCACCGUCCUGACGUGCAGCAUCCGUGGGGCACUGCGACCUCCCAUCAUCUGGAAGCGCAACGGAGUCAUCCUCAACUUCCUUGACUUGGAAGACAUCAAUGAUUUUGGAGAAGAUGAUUCCCUCUACAUCACCAAGGUAACAACUAUUCACAUGGGCAAUUACACCUGUCAUGCCUAUGGCUAUGAAGAGCUGUAUCAGACCCACAUCCUUCAGGUGAAUGUGCCGCCGGUGAUUCGCGUCUACCCCGAGACGCAGGCGCAGGAGCCCGGCGUGUCGGCCAGCCUGAAAUGUCACGCCGAAGGCAUCCCUAAUCCUCGGAUUAGCUGGCUGAAGAACGGCAUUGAUAUCAUGCCAAAACUCUCCAAGCAACUCACGCUGCUAGCAAAUGGAAGUGAGCUUCAUAUCAGUAGUGUGCGGUAUGAAGACACUGGUGCCUACACCUGCAUUGCUAAAAAUGAAGUGGGAGUGGAUGAGGACAUUUCUUCACUUUUCAUAGAAGAUUCGGCAAGAAAGACCCUUGCAAACAUACUGUGGCGAGAGGAAGGCUUGAGUGUUGGGAAUAUGUUCUAUGUGUUUUCUGAUGAUGGGAUCACAGUCCUUCAGCCAAACGAAUGUGAAAUCCGGAGACACAUCAGGCCUGAAGAAAGGAUUUUCACAAGUUAUGAAGAGAUCUGUCCUAGAGUGGAAGGUGAAGGCACUCAGUCCUGCCUCUGGGCUUCAGCAGUCAAUGUCAGAGACAAGUACAUUUAUGUGACACAGCCUAAGCAGAACAGAGUAAUGAUAAUUGAUAUCCAGACUCAGAAAGCCAUGCAGACCUUGGAUGUUGACCCCUUGCCAACUAAAUUACAUUACGACAAGUCCCACGACCAAGUGUGGGUGCUUAGCUGGGGUGACAUGCAGAAGUCCUCCCCAACGCUGCAGGUAAUACCAGAGGCAAGCACUGGGGAGGAGCAGCGUGUGAUCCGCACACCCUUCCAAGGAGUGGAGGAUUUUUUUAUACCACCUACAAAUCUUAUUAUUAAUCAUGUUAGGUUCGGCUUCAUCUUUAACAAAUCGAAACCUGCAGUUCACAAAAUCGACCUGGAAACUGUGACCCACAUCAAGACUAUCAGCUUCAAGAACCAUAGCUGCAUCCCACAGACCAUGGCCUACACCCACCUGGGGGGUUACUUCUUUGUCCAGUGCAGGAGGAGCAGGUCGAUGGCUGUGUCCCCACAGCUGAUCAUUGACAGUGUCACAGAUGCUGUCAUCGGCCCCAACGGGGAGGUGUCAGGCACACCUCACGUCUCGCCGGACGGACGCUACUUGGUCAGCACGGAGGAAGACAGUGGCAGGAUCAAAGUCCAGGCUCUAACUGUCCGAGGGGAAAUCAAGUUGAUUUAUGACUUACAAACAAACGUGCACGUAUCUGAUCUGACAUUUCAACCCUCUUUCACUGAAGGCAAUCAGUACUAUAUAUAUGCCACUUCACAUUUGCAAACAGAUGUGCUUUUUGUAGAGUUGUCGACGGGGAAAAUGAACGUACUGAAGAAUUUAAAGGACCCUAUCACAUCCAAAGACUGGCCCUGGAGCAGCUACAACAGAAUUAUGAAAGACAGUGGAUUAUUUGGACAGUAUCUCAUUACACCAGCUAAAGAUUCAUUGUUUGUUAUAAAUGGGAGGCAAAAUACGUUACGCUGCGAGGUGUCGGGGAUAAGGAGGGGUAACACAGUGGUGUGGGUUGGAGAGGUAUGA